AUGGAGCUUAGCUCCGCUGGUCUACCCAACAACACGGCCGAUCUUGAACUUCGCCCUGCAUUCUCAUUCUUCAACGACAUCCCAACAGCAAUCACCAUGCAGAGGCAUAUGAGCACAGUAGACCGUCUCGACCGGCCGAGUGCCUAUUACCAGGGCAAGAAUAAACGCCGCAGGUACAACGAGCGCGAAGAGGCUGAAAAGGCCGAGGAGCAAAACGACACCCUCAAGGAUGCUACUACUCUUUAUGUUGGAAACCUCUCUUUCUACACAACCGAGGAACAGAUUCAUGAAUUGUUCGCAAAAUGCGGCGAGAUCAAACGACUCGUGAUGGGACUGGACCGAUUCCAAAAGACACCGUGCGGCUUCUGCUUCGUCGAAUAUUAUACCCACCAAGACGCCCUGGACUGUCUAAAAUACGUUGGAGGCACCAAACUCGAUGAAAGAAUUAUUCGAACAGACCUGGACCCUGGGUUUCAAGAGGGUCGUCAAUAUGGACGCGGAAAAUCGGGUGGCCAAGUGCGUGACGAAUACCGCGAGGAAUUCGACCCGGGACGUGGCGGAUAUGGUCGAUCCCUUGAAGAGCAGCGUAUGCGAGAAGAAGAAGAAUAUGGGAGAGGAAGGUAA